AUGGAGAUCCGGCAGCACGAGUGGCUCUCGGCCUCCCCCCACGAGGGCUUCGAGCAGAUGAGGCUCAAAAGCCGCCCCAAGGAGCCCUCGCCGAGCCUGACCCGAGUGGGCGCGAACUUCUACAGCAGCGUCAAGCAGCAGGACUACAGCGCCAGCGUCUGGCUCCGGAGGAAAGACAAGCUGGAGCACUCCCAGCAGAAGUGCAUUGUGAUCUUUGCCCUGGUGUGCUGCUUUGCCAUUCUCGUUGCGUUGAUAUUUUCGGCGGUGGACAUCAUGGGAGAGGAUGAGGAUGGACUCUCAGAGAAAAAUUGUCAAAAUAAAUGUCGAAUUGCCCUGGUGGAAAAUAUUCCUGAAGGCCUUAACUAUUCAGAAAAUGCACCAUUUCACUUAUCACUUUUCCAAGGCUGGAUGAAUUUACUCAACAUGGCCAAAAAGUCUGUUGACAUAGUGUCUUCCCAUUGGGAUCUCAACCACAGUCAUCCAUCAGCAUGUCAGGGUCAACGUCUUUUUGAAAAGUUGCUCCAACUGACAUCGCAGGAUAUUGAAAUCAAGCUAGUCAGUGAUGUAACAGCUGAUUCAAAGGUAUUAGAAGCCUUGAAAUUAAAGGGAGCCGAGGUGACCUACAUGAACAUGACCGCGUACAACAAGGGCCGGCUGCAGUCCUCCUUCUGGAUUGUGGACAAACAGCACGUUUACAUUGGCAGCGCUGGUUUGGACUGGCAAUCCCUGGGACAGAUGAAAGAACUCGGUGUCAUCUUCUACAACUGCAGCUGCCUGGUCCUCGACUUGCAGAGGAUAUUCGCUUUAUACAGCUCAUUAAAAUUCAAGAACAGAGUGCCUCUGACCUGGUCCAAGAGGCUCUAUGGGGUCUAUGACAACGAAAAGAAAUUGCAGCUCCAGUUGAACGAGACCAAAUCUCAAGCGUUUGUGUCGAAUUCUCCCAAACUCUUUUGCCCUAAAAACAGAAGCUUUGACAUAGACGCCAUCUACAGCGUGAUAGAUGACGCCAAGCAGUACGUGUACAUCGCGGUCAUGGACUACCUGCCCAUCUCCAGCACGAGCACCAAAAGGACUUACUGGCCAGACCUGGAUGGGAAAAUAAGAGAAGCAUUAGUUUUGCGAAGCGUUAAAGUUCGACUCCUUAUCAGCUUCUGGAAGGAAACUGAUCCCCUUACAUUUAACUUUAUUUCAUCUCUUAAAGCUAUUUGCACUGAAAUAGCCAACUGCAGUUUGAAAGUUAAGUUUUUCGAUCUGGAAAGAGAGAAUGCUUGUGCUACAAAAGAACAAAAGAAUCACAGCUUCCCUAAGUUAAAUCGCAACAAGUACAUGGUGACGGAUGGCGCAGCUUACAUUGGAAAUUUUGACUGGGUGGGGAACGAUUUCACCCAGAAUGCUGGCACAGGCCUUGUCAUCAACCAAGCAGACGUGAGGAACAACGCCAGCAUCAUUAAGCAACUGAAAGAUGUGUUUGAGAGGGACUGGUACUCACCCUACGCCAGAACCUUCCAGCCCACCAAACAGCCAGACUGCUCAAGCCUGUUCAAACUCAGAGCCCCCUCGAACAAAACUGCCACCUCCAACGCAAGUGGGAAGGACCCCGCGAGUGUAUGACACGAGUGAGCAAACUGACAGGACACUUCGUAUUUCACAUUUAUAUCAAAAGGACUUGAGGAGAGAAAAACAAUUUAAUAUGUCUUUUUUAGGGAAAAGCACACUUCUAAAAAAUAUUCUCUGAAUGACAUGUGAUAUCUAACGGUAUCUUAGCAGCGUGUACACUAAAUUUAAGACUUUGUAUUUGUUACUUCUGACGGAGAAGGUCAUUCCGGCUUGGAAGUGAGUUUUUACGUUUGCAUACAGAUUUUAAGACUUUGAUGCCUCUUCCUUUCUGGUUUUAGAACUUUUUCUGCUGACGCACCUAGUCAGUUCUUGGAAGCUUAGCGUGAGGUGAGCUCUGUGACACCACUCUGAGGACAGCUGAGCUGGAGAGGAGAGUGGGGGUGUGGCCUUGGAGCGGAGACCCGUCACACCAAGUGUUUAUCCUGGGAAACCGUCUCUAAGACCCAGACAGUCACCUGAGGACCAACAGCUGACAACACUCUUGAAAAAUACCCCUCUUUGCCUCCUUGUUCAUUUUCCUCUUACUGCCAUCACUUUUAUUUUGUAUCCUUUUCUCUUCUCACAAGACGUUCUGUAGCGUCCCUGUUGUCACCUCAGCAUUAGUUCCAAGUAUGGUAAUAUGUUUUGAAAAUGGAUAAAUUCCUCAGAAUGGAUACAAAAUGGAAAUAGCGGUCUUUAAUUUUCACCUUCCAACUGCAUUUUCCCUACCAAAUUGAUACUUUAAACCCACAGCCAGCAGCAAUAUGUAUCCUUUCUCUCAAGCUUAGAAAAAUUAUGUAGCCACCUGCUAAUAUCCAGCAAGCUAAGUCUGCAUUAGGAGAAUAAAGUAGAUUUUCACAUUUUUGUUUAGUUUAUGGUAUUAUAAAGAAAAGAUCUCUAUGCAUCAGUGGAUUUUAAUUUCUUUAGACUCAUUAUGCUGUUAAGAGUAUGCCAGCCAACGUUUAUAGAGCUAUUUAAUAUACCUUCUGCUAUUUACUAUACCAAAUGCUUUUCAGAGAAAUGCAAUUUAAAUACUGUGCUUAACAUAUUUUACUAAGAGAGAAAAAUAUUGGAUUAUUGUUCUAUAAUAUCACUGUGUGUUGUUUUAUAUCUAUACAAUAUAUAACCCUAUAUUAAUGGAAACUGUUGCUACGCUAGAGAGAGGCCUGGCCUCUUCAGAGCCCAAAGCAGGCGGCCAUCAGGGCGCCCGGUCUCCAUGUUGCCCCUGGCUCUCUCUGGCCUGGGACAGCCUGCACCUCUUGGCCUUGAGUGUCUGUUGGUAACGUAGGGACAGUAAUACUCACCUACCUCGCGAAGAUGUUGUCACGGUAGGAAAUAUUUAUAACUUGUUUUGAAAUCAAAAGA